AUGUCAGAUGAGGCAGGACCUUCCAGCACGAUACGUUCCGAAGCCCCAGAAAGACCCCUGCCAUCUACACCAUUCUAUUCUAUCGAAUAUCCGGGUUAUGUCAAACCCGAAUCUGUUCCGUUGGCGGUGAGUAAUCUCGGAGGGCAUUCACGCCUAGAAACCGCGUUCAAACGCACCGCGGCCAAGAAUGAGGCGCUUCUUGAGCUCAACCUACGACCAGGGAAUCCAUUUGCACACCCAAUACCGGGAGACAUAGUCAGCACCAACAAUAUUCUAUUGAAAGUCGUGAGACGGAAACGAAGGAACCCAAACGGAGAAUGUGUUGGGGAGUUCACUGCAGAGGCGGUGGGUGUUAUCCCGAAGACUGCACGGUUUCGCAGUAUGGCGGAUUAUCAGUUUCAGCCUGACAUGAAUGAUCCUUUGGCCCAGCUGCGUCUUGCAAUGGAUCGAAUGGAUGUCGAUGCAAUCCGACAAUAUUCGAUUCCGGAGGAAAAAGAGGACUAUGUGAUUCCAGCGUCCAUCCACCCACCCGAGCUAGACCCAGCAUUGGCAGAGCAAAGCGAGCAAACCUCUGGACCUCGCAGUAACUUGCGCUUAUUCCCUCCUCCGCUGUUCAGCCGUCAAAACGUACCGCAAAACUACAACUUCAAGGCAAACCCUGCUUCGAUUGUGACGUCCCUCAUCAAUGAAGAAACUGGUGAAGAACGCAAAAGGCUCAUCAAUAAGGGCCGAUGGAAAGGUCAUGGGCCAGUGACGAUCACUUUCAGCGAUCCCAAUGUUCCUGAGGGCCCUCCUCCAACAGUUGAAACUGUGCGCACUCAAGCUAAUAGUGAACUUUUGAAUCGAAUACUGGAAUUCAUGAAUGAACGUCCUGUGUGGACUCGUGCUGCCCUUUACAACCAAUUUUCGCCCGCAGAAUUGAGAGAAAUACACAACUCGAAAGUCAUCAUGCCUUUGGCUGGAUAUAUGUUCUCAGAUGGACCAUGGCGAGAUGCCAUGGUUCGAUUUAAAUAUGACCCUCGGAAAGAAUUGGAUGCCCGAAUAUAUCAACGGAUAUAUUUUCGGAAUGCCAACCACCCCAUGGCACGGCCUUCCGUGGUAGCGCGUCGGCAAGAGGGCAGGUCAAGUACCACAUACAUCAGCAGGUCCAUCGAGCAAGAGGAGUCGUUCGAGGCCGAUCGGCGUAAAUCACACAUAUUUGACGGGAAGACUGUCACUAAAGAGACAGCCGCGUUCCAAUUAUGCGAUAUUCAUGACCCUAUGUUGAAGGAGAUGGUGGAAGAUGAUGAAGAUCUCCGGGAAGUCUGUGACGAACGAGAUGGGUGGUAUAGCGCACAGGCACUGGAGAGAAUCAAGACCAUCCUCCGACACAAGUUUUUCUCACUAUUGCAAGGGUAUGUGGCAACAGAGGAGGAAUGUCAAGCCCUUCUGGAACAGGAUGCCUCCGGCAAGUCACAAACCACUCGUAUGAAGCGCCUUAAAUUCGGAAAACAUAACAUGGCGAAAGGGGCUUUGCGACCAGAAGAUGCAGCAGCUGCGAGACUGCAAGCAACUCUGGACAGGAAUGCCAAAACCCUCCUAGCGAAUAGACGGGAGAUGUAUGGCGGUCGAAAUUCGCAGACUGCAGACAAUUCACGAUAA